GCUCACGCUGAGAAAGAAGGAGGUGUGUUUCAAGUGCAGGUGAUCGAAUUUAUUGAGUCCAACACACGUUAAUAACGCAUUAAGGCGACAUGGCACGUACCAAGCAGACUGCCCGUAAAUCCACUGGUGGAAAAGCGCCUCGGAAGCAACUGGCCACAAAAGCUGCGAGGAAGAGCGCGCCCUCUACUGGUGGGGUGAAGAAGCCUCACAGAUACAGGCCAGGGACUGUGGCUCUGAGGGAGAUCCGUCGGUACCAGAAGUCCACCGAGCUCCUGAUCCGCAAGCUGCCUUUCCAGCGCCUGGUCAGGGAAAUUGCACAGGAUUUCAAGACUGACCUCAGGUUCCAGAGUGCAGCUAUUGGAGCUCUGCAGGAAGCAAGUGAGGCUUACCUGGUUGGCCUGUUUGAGGACACCAACCUCUGUGCUAUCCAUGCCAAGAGGGUCACCAUCAUGCCCAAGGAUAUUCAGCUUGCAAGGCGGAUCCGAGGGGAACGUGCUUAAUUUUUAAAUACUCUUUUCUAAAGUUUGGAAUUUUUUUAAAUCUUUUAUCGAACUGCAAAUACCUUUUUGUGUUGAAGUUUUAUUUUGUAUUUUGUUAGUGUUGAUAGAAAACACAGGCUAGUGGUUUACAAUGCAAAAAGUAGCAUACAUUUUGUAAAACAUUCCUUCAGACUCCCUCAGGUUUUUAAAAUGGCCAAUUUUUAUCAGAAAUUGUACCUCUGGCUUAUUGUGUAGGUUAGUUUGCAUGCACGAAAGGGGAUAAGUUAUUAGAGUUGUGUUUUUUUUUUUUUUUGCAUUGUGAUUAUCAGGUUGUAUUGUAAAUAAAC